AUGACUGUGUGUUGAGGGACGACCUGGACCAUGGACGGGUUGUAUACAUCCACCAACACUGUGUCAACUUCUUGUCUUAUAUAUCUAUGUGCAUGAACGGUGAUUUAUUGUUCCAUAUACACAAUUAAGAGACGACAGAUUAAUUACUCUCCACAUCUCGGAGGGGGGAUUUUAAAUCCAUUUAAAAUGGAGCCCCAGAGUACAGUGGCUGAAGCAGAUUCUACCUCCAUCUUCCCACUCCUUGAGGCUAUCUCAAAUGCGGUUCACUCCUCACAGUCACUCCCAGAUGGAAUCCUUCCCUCACAAUCACUCCCAGAUGGAAUCCUUCCUUCACAGUCACUCCCAGAUGGAAUCCUUCCCUCACAGUCACUCCCAGAUGGAAUCCUUCCUUCACAGUCACUCCCAGAUGGAAUCCUUCCCUCACAGUCACUCCCAGAUGGAAUCCUUCCCUCACAGUCUAUCGCUGCAUCACAAGCACCACUUACAGUGAUCACCUCUUCUGGCUCAUUAACAGUGUGGUCCACCUCACAGUCUCCACCAGUAGCAGACUGUCCUCCCUCACAGUCGCCCACAUCAGAGUAUCUUUCCUCAAGUUCACCUCCAGGAGGGUCUUCACCCUCAUCUGUUUGGACCCCCCCAAUAGUUUUACCACACUCACAAUCCUCAACAAUCGAUUCCCUCACACAAACACUGUUUGCAGUGGAGCACGUACCAUCAUCACAGUCUCCACCCACUGAAUUACAAACAUCACAAAAUUCACAGCCUACCUCUGUUACUUUAGGUUCAUCAUUUCUAGGAACCCCUUCAAAUGUAUUAUCUCAACUGUCCCCCUCACUAGUGGUACCCAACCCACAGUCUCCUCCCAAUGCUCCAUUAGACCUGGAUUCCUUCUACUUGCCCAGUACUUCUUCAGGAAGUUGGCGAUAUGACCCAUUGGCCUCUCCAGAUUGGGAUCGUGCAGGACCUCCUGGGAACCUUUGUGCUGGGCGUGUGAAAAAGGAUCUCAGUAGCAUUUUCACUGAACCUUUGCCUGGAAUAUUUGCUGCUCCUGAGGAGGACAACCUAUUUAAGGUCCACUGCCUUAUUAUUGGACCAUUCGACACACCAUACGAAGGGGGAUUUUUCCACUUUCUUGUCCGGUUUGGUCCACAGUAUCCUCUUCAUCCACCCAGGGUACGACUAUUGACGACUGGAGGGGAUUCUGUUAGAUUCAAUCCCAAUUUAUACAAAAAUGGCAAAGUUUGCCUUAGCAUUUUGGGGACUUGGUCAGGCCCCGCGUGGAGUCCAGCAUCCAACCUAUCCAGUGUGUUGUUAUCUCUCCAGAGUCUCAUGAACGAGCGCCCAUACCACAACGAACCUGGCUAUGAAAAGGAACACAAUAUUGGGGACAGUGAGCGUUACAACUCCAUCAUCAUGCAUGAGACCAUCAGGGUAGCAGUGAUACAUCAGCUUGAGGGCAACACAACUGCCCCACCUGACUUGUUUAAGGUCAUGCAGUCAUCGUUUAUGGAAUUUUACGACCAUUAUGUUGAAAUAUGUGAGAAAAACAUGCACAGAGACGGACAACCAAUGGACGAUCCAUUUGGAGAACGGCGAGGUAACUUCCAGUACUCUGUUUUGUUGAAAUACCUCAAGAGAUUAAAAGUCAUGUUGAAGGCAAGUGGCAUUCCAGAAAUACCAGAAACUUCCUUGACGGCAGAAAGUGAUGACGUGUCAAGUAUAUCAGGAAGUGAAGAAGGUUCGCCAGAGAUUGAAGGAGAAGACUAAGGUCACCCAGAAUCCAGAACAACACAGAAUUAUCCCUUUUGCUGUCAUUCAUUCGCCUCACUCGGUUAACACCCAAUGCUGUUGUUAUACAGUCGCCUGCACAUACUUGGUACAGUGGUUAGCGCAUUAUGUGAGAUGUGGCAACUCUGUGGAAUGCUUAUCUAGCAUCCUUAUCUGGUUACUGUUGUAAAGUUCCUUAUGGCCAUUUUGGGAGUUUUAAUACGAUGUAAACAAACACAGAGGUGCCACAUCCGAAAAAACACGUCAACCACUGCAGGUAUACUGUAAGUGCAGGUGACUCUACAUUGGUUUUGCUGUCUCUGGUGGAAUAAUAACCAAUCCACUACACAAAGAAUUACAAAUAGUCUUGAGAAAAUGGAGAGGAUUGGCACAAGAAAUAGUUAAUGAAGAAAAAAUAGUGAAGGAAUAAAAAGACUUGCAAAAUAUAAUUAUACAGGUAAUACUAAGUAGAAAGAGGUAAGGGUAAAAUGAGCGGUUUUCUGGCGUCCAUGAAAAAUUGUAUGACUAAGAUAAUGAGACAAAUCCUUAAAGUGGUGCUACUACAUUGUAAGUGUCACCACAGACCCUGACAGUCAAGACAGAGAGUAACCUCUUCUCUCUGGUUGAUACUUCCAUGGGUAAUAUUAAGUCCAACUGAUCUAUAAUUCUUCUAAAGAAUACAUACUUCACUCAUUGUCUUGUGAAGUUGUGUGGAAAAAACUUAAAACUUCAUUGCACAGUUUUACAAGUAAAACAUACUCUAUUACAGUAACAAGGAAAUGUGCUGAUAUUCCUCUAUGUAAUUUAUUGAUUGUUAUUAAACAUUUUUUUUUUUAAUUUUGGUGGUCCUGCACAACAGUAAGCUGCAAGAGAAUUAUUAUUAUCUCAGGGUGAGUCAGCAGUGAUGUGUAGCCCAAGUGGCGCUGAUGAACUGCUGGAACUGUUGUUACCCAGGUAGGAUCUUUACUGUGCACACAACUUCACUAGAAUAGGGAAGAAAGUAUUCUGUACAUUUGGAUGACAUAGAGAAAUUAUUGUAUGUGCAGAUCUAAAAGAAAUUCUGAUUGAGAUAAAGAAUCAAGUUUGUGGACCUUGCAUUUUAAUUAACUGCACUCUCAGUUAUUGUUGACAUUGCAAGUUAUUCAGUUAUGUACAUAGCAAAUAGUCAUUGAGUCAAGUUUAUAAAAAAAACAUUCUCCUAAUUAAGUGAUGACUCCAUGAAAAAUUGUGGAAACUUGUGUAAGACUGUUAUUACUAACUUGUGACACUAACAGUUCUGUGGUUAACUUAUGGUACUCAAAGUUCUUAAUAGUUCUCAGUUUUCAUGGACAGUUAAAUUAAGACAAGACAAGCCAAGGAAGAAAACUUAUGCAUGUUAGAAAUAGCAGUGAUGUGAAGAACUAUGUUUAACUAUUGUUAACAGUUUACAUCUGUCUGUUCUUGUUAUUGCAAUGGAGUCUUUAUUGCAGAAGCAACUGUGAUAUGAAAGUUAGGGGGUAAAGAAGAAAUACUGUACAGUAUUUUAAACUUGUUUCUCUUAUUGUUUUAGGGCCUAUUAGUACCCACUGAAAAAAAUAAAGUUAAUACAGUAUAAACCAAAGCUCUGUGCAUGCAUUUACCAAGUUUGGUUUAGUUGCUAUUCCUCCAGGGAUCACUCAUCAAAUUUUCAGGUGACAAGGAGUGAAGGGGGGGGGGGACCUGUACUGUCAAUAAAUAAUGAUAACAUAGGGUGUAGAUCUCACAUCUUUUUGAACCAUCCUUAUGAACAAACCCCACCUACAUAUUCUAUGUUUACUGUGACAGAUGAAGCCUGAAUAAAAGACACACAUGAAAUGCCAUGUUACCUGUUAAUGUUGUUAUACCUUGUGACAGCCAAGUACCUGUAGUUUUAAUUGGGACAUUUGGUUGUUCUGGACAACAUCUUUAGUGGCAGGGUGAGGGACAUCAUUUUGUAUUAGAGUAAAUAUGAAUUUUUUCUUCAUUUAAUUGCAUUUUCCAGCACUGUUUAUUAGUAGUGACCUGUUAAAUUAAUGGGUUUUUAUAUAUUUAUUUUGUAUUUUAAUAUAUCCAGAAAGUGAAGUCUGUAAUUUGUUUCUUAAUUAGUGAGUGUAUAUUUUGUCAACUUUUAUUUUAGAUGGCAUUUGGAAGUCCUAUAUGUAAUGUGAGUUCCCAGUAGGAGUGGCAUGUAGCUUUGUAUAGGUGUCUCUUGGAACACCACACCAUCAGGUGACCACGACUAACCCAUUGCAGGUGUGGAGAAUGGCCUUAAAACAGUGAGGAUGACUUUCCAGUUUCUCAUAAAUGGCCUAAACUGGACCUUAUUACAAUAACAACAGACCACCUGGGGUGCUAGUAAGAAUUAAACGAAUCUAAAUUAUAGGUAAGCUUUGAUAUGCUGGGGUCUAAUAAGCUUAAUAAGAAUGGAAUGGUUUAUGAUUAAAACUGCAAAAAUUUACCUUAAUUUUUUAGUUAUUAUAGAUACCUGUAUAUAUAGUUCAUAUAUUUUGCCUAAAGUAAUAGGAGCAACAACUGUAGAAUACUGUUUAAAUGUUUUACUGUACUGUACUGUAUGUGUAUUUUUGACCUACCUAAUAAAGAUACAGUAGAGAUAUACAGUAUAUUGAUUAUAUAGCUUUGUGGAUAAAUAAUUUUCAAGUAUUAUUGGAAUUUGAAAAAUUUCUUCAUAUUGACCUUACUCAGAUAUAAGUAUAUACUGUACAGUAGUAUAUAUCUGCACUACCAUAGAGCAAGAGUUUCAUUAUGACAUUGUUGUGACAGGACAGUACUGGUGUGUGCAGAGUUGGUGCAUAAGAUGUCUCUGUGUACUUAAGUGAAUAUUGUUUUGCUUCUACUUUUAUAGUUUGGUAAUGUAAUGACUUUUAGUUGUUGUUAUUCUUUGAUUAUCACUACGUUACAAAAGCCUAGAAACUGUGAUGAACGGUGAUAUAGGUCAUGUAUUAAUUGUUUAAGAUAAUGGGGCCCUGGUGAGACUUGUGUUCUCUCUCAAGUCUCAGAGUAACCACAACCAUUUCUCAGGAAAACAUUAAGUAAAGCUAUUGCAACACAGUGUGCAGUUGAUAGCAGCAGCAGCAGUAGGUUAGUGGUGGAAGCAGAGCCUAGACCUUACAAAGGAAGGUCUUGGAGGCUUGAGCUUGGUGUCAUAUUACCUGUUCAAAGUCAGUCUUCGCCCACACAAGGCUUAGUCAUGUAUGUGUGAGUAAUUUUGACAUCAUAAAUAAAUAUGCUGUUGGAAGACUGCAGCAUUCAUGUAUACAGUAGAUUCAAGAUUCAUUCCUAUUUGAGAAUCCACGGAGUUGUUUCAGUGUGUGUGUGCGUGGGGACAUUUGUUCUUGAUGAUUGAAGUAUGACACAAAGUUCUACCCUCCUAGUAAUGUUAUUGAGGCCACAAUGAAAUAUUUAGGAAGCAGUAUAGGUUUGAUCUUAAACAUUUAUUCAUAAUACUGUACCAUUAAGUUCAAAUUUCCACUUCUUUUGAAUUCUGUCUCAGUGGAGCAGGUGAUCUGUAAUUACUUUAUUGCUCAAGUUGCAGAUUCUAUGUUAUGUUAUAAGUGGUAUUGUGAAAUAAACUCACUAAUAACACAGUCAGUUUAGGUCAGUUGUAUCACCAUUAGCCUCUUGGAAAUUAUUGUAAAUAUUGUAAGUUGUUUGGCCAUGACACAGGUGAUUCAGUACACUACUCUGAAAUAAGAAUCCUGUGUUUGUUAGACUGCGGUGAGUCAGAUUUCUUAAUAUUAAGGUUGAGGCUGGAAAACUGUGUGUAGAAAUUUAGAUCUCUAAAAAACAUUAUUUCAGUUGCCUGCCAUAUUUGUUUACUUUUAUAUUAAUUGGAUGACAACCAAAGAAAAGAACAAAUGAAUUCAUCUAGUAUUAUAAAAAAAAAAAAUCAAAGGGGUUAUAAUUAUACAGUAUGAAGUAAUGUUCUCAUGUCCAUCUGUUACCUGCAUCUUAACCUCCACCAAUGCUGCUGCUGCUACUGUAAUGAUACGGUGAUGUGCCACAAUACCCAUCUGAGAGGAACAAGGGAUUAUAUAAACUAUUCUUCAUUACAUGUGUGUUAUGUGUAAUUUCAUGAUUCUCUUGUUCACAUGGCAUAUUAACCCUUACUCUCAUUUUGAUGUAUGUAUAUUUUUAUUUGUGAUAUUGAAUUAUAUAUAAUGAUGUGAUUGUGUGGAUACGGACGAUGAUGAACACACACACACACACACACACACACACACACUUGAGAUAAUAUUGUGUGUUAUAUUUGCAUUCAA